AUGAUCUUCAAUAUCUUUAUAUUUAACAAGAGUGGAACAUGUAUAUAUUAUGAAGAAUGGAAUAGAAAGAAAGCAUCUCCGAAUCUACAAGAGGAACAAAAACUAUUGUUCGGUAUGCUCUACUCUUUAAAAUCAUGUUUAUCGAAACUUUCACCUUCACCUUAUGUUUAUCUUAUAUUUACUCUACUUUUACAUUACAUUAUAAACCCUCAAUCAAAUAGUAUGGAUCCACAAACAGGAUUUCAUUGUUUAACAACAUCAACCUAUAAAUUACAUUUCUAUGAAACACUGUCGUGUGUAAAGUUUAUAGUAUUGACCGAUCCAAAGACACCAGAUCUUCGAGAAGACCUCAAGAAAAUAUAUAACUCUGCAUUCGUAGAGUAUGUCAUCAAGAAUCCUUUAUACCAACUAAACUCUGUUAUCAAAUGUGAACUUUUCAUUACUCAAUUGAAUCAAAUCAUUAAAGCAAUACCAUAUUUCAACAAUCAAGAGAAAUAG